AAAGAAUUGAUCACACGAUCGCGACCUCACACAUCGUCUACUGGUGUCGGGCCAACUAAUCAUGUUCUAUUCAUACAUCCAUAUCAUCUUCUAGCCUAGAUAACUCGAAGUCAUCCCCCGUUGGGCGGUCCAGUUCGUAUGCAGAGAUCAAUUGUCGAGGCUGUCCAAUUUGGGCAGCACUGAAGCUCUUGGCUGCGAAAGGAGACGGCCAGAAAAUGAGAUAACAUAUCGAAGCGCACAAGAUGCCAAUGAGGCCUCCAGCGAUAACAUCCUCUUUGUGAUGUCUCUACCUCAGCGAUUGGAUUAGAAUGAUGAUGGAGCUUGGAAGCGAGUUACGCACGUAGUCUUCGAGUCUGGUGACUGCGACGAAGAUAGCCCAGCAGAGUGGGGCCAACGUCAGUGUGAAACGGGCCAGAUGGCUUGACCGCAGCGAGCCAGAGGCGGCAGGAGAAUGGAAACACCACGCCGCAAGCUGUCCUGCUAGCCAGAACGACAAGAAUGUCAUCCCCGCAAAUGCAGCUGAUGAGUGGCCGGAUGGGAAGGAACGUCGUCCGUCGAGGAUAUCAUGAUGUUUUCUGCAGAAAUAAAGGUCCGUAUUGGUUCUUCGAGAUAAAAUGGAUCUCACCCUGUGCAAACAGACUCGACAGCAUCCCAUUUACAACGAGCGAGAAAAUCCGGUCGCAAUCUCCCUAGAUCGAGUUAGCGGGGACAAAACAAGGUCAAAAAGGGACCUGUUCUUCAAUGCGUUUGUGAACACCCGCGCCAAGCCCCUGCCCGCAAGAAGCGCCAGCACCCCAUGGUGCACUGCGAAGAGUGAGCGCCGAUAGACACCACCGGCUAGCACAAAAGCCCCAGGGACGAUAAGCGCAAUGAGAUGGUUUGUUGGGCCGCCAAUUCUGCCCCAGUGCAAUCCGGUAAGUUAGGACUAAGGAGGUCACGAGCACUGACUGGCUUUUCGCAUGCGGAUGGCUGAUGAGUGUAUCAUCCAAACGAAAGUCACGUUCGAAAACUGGUAGUCGGGCUGCGACCUCAGAAAGGAUCCAGAAUGCUGUCACGACAAGCCUGCGUUCUUGCUAUUAGGCCAGGCUGAGACUUUGCUCUAGGGCGGACAGACCAGUCAGUGAGAUACGAUCUGUCAGGCCAGUCAAACGCAUCAGUCCCGAACACUCUCCUGAUUCUCGUUCGCAGUGACAUCGUUGUCAGUGACAGAGCGUGGGGAAGCGUGGGAAUCUGUGGGAAACCCCUGCCGGGGCCCGUGCAGACUUCAAAAACGCCAUCGUCACAUGCGUGACGUGUCGCGUCCGUGACAGUUCCUCUCUCUUCUUACUUCACUGCUCCGUCUCCAUGGCUAAGGAGAAACCUUCUGCGAGCAUCAAAGCCAAAGCCAAAGCCAAAGGUCAAAAGUCGAUCCAAUCGUUCUUCAAGAAACCCGCUGCCUCCAAGGCCAAAGGUAGAGCGAAAGCCACCGACGACGAUUCGGAUGGUGCAGCGCAGGAGGACGAGGUCUUUGUCGCCGACGGAGACGACGGAGACGCGGUAAUUGGAAGUGAAGCUGUGUCUUCGGACGACGAAGGUCAAAACGCGACCCGCACCACUACCACAUCCUCCACACGAGACCUCGCGAAAGUCAUCCCUGAGAUGUCCGAGCUACCCCCAAUCAACGAGAUUCCGGCCAUCUUCGCCGACCUCGUAUCACGCAUCCCCAAGAUACAAUCCGUCGCGCAGCGCCUCGCGGGCCGCAAGCUUCGCGUUGCUACGAUGUGUUCCGGCACUGAAUCACCCUUACUGGCACUGGAGUUGAUUGGGAAGGCCGUUCUCGACCAGCACCAGUUGGGCCUGGAUGUCGAGCACGUCUUUUCGUGUGAAAUUGAGCCCUUCAAACAGGCUUACAUAGAACGAAAUUUCCACCCUCCGUUGUUGUUCAGAGAUGUCUGCGAGUUGGGCGGGGAUGAAGCACAUACUGCAUACGGUGCACUCAAACCUGUUCCCGGCAAUGUGGACCUGCUUGUCGCCGGGACAUCUUGCGUUGAUUACUCCAACCUCAACAACGAGAAACAGGACAUCGACGCCAAAGGUGAAUCUGGGCAGACUUUCCGUGGGAUGAUGUCCUGGGUCAAGCGUCACCGUCCGCCGCUCGUGAUUUUGGAAAAUGUGUGCUCGGCCCCAUGGCCUCGAGUCGAGGAAGAAUUCGAGAAGAUUGGCUACGCUGCUCGGUUUGCCCGAUUUGACACGAAGCAGUAUUACAUUGCGCAUACCAGGACGCGGGUGUACUUGAUCGCUGUCGACAUGCGAGGGAAGAGCAAAGACGUGACGAGUUCGAAGCCUGGCUUCAAGUGGAAGAAGAAGCACACAAGGGAUGAUGACUCAGAUGCGGAGCCCGACUCUGGAAUCACUGACGAGUGGUACCGGUUGGUCACCGAGGACCUGAAGCGACCCGCGUCUUCACCUUUGGACGCAUUUCUGCUCGCGACGGACGAUCCACGAAUCCACGAAGCACGACAAAAGCUGGUCAAGGAGAGCUAUAAUGCAGUUGACCGCAAGACGGGGAGGACAGAUUGGAAUCGAUGUGAGCGACGACAUGAGCGUGCUAGAGUCGAGGAGAUGUUGGGCAAGAAGCGACCACUAACAAACUGGGAAGAUGGCGGGUCGUGUCGUAUGCCUGAUUACUGCUGGGCUGACUGGGGCGUUGGUCAAGUCGAGCGUGUCUGGGAUCUGAUGGACAUCUUGUUCCUCCGCUCAGCGAAGAAAGGCAUCGACCCGUCGUACAAAACCUCAGUGUGGAAUCUCUCUCAGAACGUGGACCGUUCUCUGGGUGCGCGGACCGGAAUUUCCCCGUGUCUCACUCCGUCGAUGAUUCCGUACAUCACGAACCGCGGCGGGCCAAUGGUGGGGCUGGAGGCGCUCUCGAUGCAAGGCUUGCCUGUGGACAAAUUACUUCUGACGCGUGAGACGGAGGAUCAGCUGGCCGAUUUGGCAGGGAAUGCCAUGUCGACUACUGUCGUCGGCGCGUGCAUUCUCGCUGCGCUCGUGUCCGGUAUGCACCUGCUAAAGGAGGGCGUCAAAGCGGUUGAUGCGAUGGAGGUUGACGACGAGGUACAAGGGAUUGCUGACGUCAUUGGCGAGGACAAACUGGUCUCGCGUUCGCUGGAUCUGUCUGCUGCGAGCUCAGACUGCUCGCUACCCGAGCUGCUGAAGCUCGCACACGAGAGUGCGCGGUUGUGCAUGUGCGAGGGCCGAACGGACAUCACGAGCCGUCCGAUCAACCGCUGCAAGGACUGCGGAUCAACCUCCUGUAUUAGGUGUGGGGGUCGGCCAGAGCACAACGCGUCGCUCGUGACCGAGACCCGCGUCCAUCCAUCGAAGUUUGCAGAUCAGAUCAAAGCGACGUUGCCCAUGUGUCUAGCAUUCGAGGGCAUCUCGAAAGAGCUGCUCGAUGCACUGAAGGGUGACGACGACUAUUCGGAGUCAUGGGCUGUCUCCGUGCAGCGCAUCGCUCAAGCAGAGCUGCGAUUCAUCGAGCCCAAGCGCCAGGAGAUCUGGGUCGCGUGCUACCAAUCUCCGUUUGCGCAGCUGGAACUGCAUUUGCAUCCGCAGCAGCCCGAGUGGCGGCUGUACGCUAAAGCCGGCGAGACAGAGCCGGCGAGAGCAGAGAUCCGUAAGAUCCUCAAGGCGCCUGUGGCUCGAUUGCGCUGCUCAGAUGGCCUCUUCUCCGGCGCUUGGGAAGUCUGCUUGCCUCAGUUCUCGAGCGCACAGGUCGAAAUCUCUGGGGAAGGCGAACUGGUUCCAUCCUGGGAAACGAGGCUGGGCUUGACGGACGAUGAGUUUCGGGACAAGAAGGUGUACUCGAAGCUGCGGAUUAGUGCUCCGUCCAACACUCAAUUCGAUCGUGAUAUCUCGGGCGUGUACACGCUUUUGGAUCAAUGCGGGACCGCCAACGGAGCACUGCAUCGCAAAGAGGAGGAUCUGCACUCCAGUUCCCCGCCUUUGUUCAUGCUGCUCGACCCAGAACGCACGACUGAGGACAACGACUCCUUUGUCUUCUCAAUCAGCCCUCGACGGUACGAGUUCGGCGAAUCCCGGCCCAUCGUCGGGAUCUUGGACUCGAAGUGGCGCCCGUCAGACACGACCAAAGUGAGCAAGGUCAUAUGUCGGUUCCCCAUUUGGAAAACCUCGGACAGUCUCCGGCUUGUGCCUACACAUCACCCCGACGCCCGAUAUGCGGUCCCACAGGACGUGCUUCAGCUGACGCACGACGCUUGCGGGAAUCCCUCCGCUGUGUUGGUCUGUCGGGUGCCUCUUCCUAGCGAAACGGGCUCGGAAUGGCCCCGCGGGAAGUGGGGACAGAUAGAAAAGGUGUCCGAGCGGCCUGUAUUCCGCAAGUUGGCGUGGCUGCUCGAGCGGAUCCGACACAUCGACGACCGUUUCUCGGGCACAUGGCACACACUCGAUCUCCCUGACCACUUCCAUCACUGUGACCGCUGUGCACCGCGGCCACCCAAGCUAGAAUGGGUGCAGACGGGAAAGAACAAGACUGUUGCUCUGGAAGAUUCAAUCCAGGCCGGCGCUUACGAGCGCAGUCUCAAAACACGACCCAGUCCGUUCGUGACACAGCUGAUGAUCGACCCAGCAGCUGCCGAUCUAGCGACUGUCCGUGUCGGCUUCAACGCCCCGACCCUCGUCCACCGCGCCCUCUCCCGUCUUCCGACCGCCAACCGUCCCGAGCGGCCCGAGGUCUCGUGGAAGCUGAACACAAGCUACGUCGCGACUGUGAACAGGACCCUGCCCAAAUUUGUCAUCAAGAGCAACAAGCAAGACCAGGAGCACACGCAGCCGCCCAACUUCAAGACAGAAAUGACUCUGCGCCCGGAGCAGUUGCGCUCGCUACACUGGAUGAUUCAGCAGGAAUCUUCCGAUGCGGGCCCGUUCCUGGAGGAAGAGAUCUCCGAGGCCAUGCUCCCGUCUCUCGGCUGGCGCGCCGAAGGCCGUGCGACGCGCAAAGUGCAUCUGCGAGGCGGUGUUCUUGCCGAUGCAGUUGGGUACGGCAAAACAGCCAUCACGCUCGGGCUGAUCGACUGCAACGCGAAAUCGGUGGCGAAAGAGUUCAAGAAAGCCGAGCAGAUCGGGGCGAUGGCUGGCAAGAUCCGCACGAAAGCGACAUUGAUAGUGGUACCGCCCCAUCUGACCCGCCAGUGGCAAAGCGAGGCGCAGAAGUUCGCUAGAAAAGGUCACUUCAGCAUCGUCGUGCUCAGUACCCAGUCUAGCCUUAACAAAGUGUCGAUCGAGGACAUCCAAGAUGCCGAUCUGGUGAUCGUUGCCUCCAGUCUGCAGAAAGGCACGGCGUACCUCGACAGUCUGGAGCUGCUCGCAGCGAACGGGUCUCUGCCACCCUCGGCGUCCGGCGGUCGGCACUUCAAUGCAAGGCUGGAUGAAGUAUGCGAGUCGUUGAAGAAGCAAGUGGAUCGGUUGAGGGACGAGGGCUCCAAGGCCGUGUUGGACGAGAUCAAGGAGGCUCAGAUCGCUGAAGAAAAGGCUGCCCAGGCUCGGAUUCUGCUGAAGCGACUCAAGGGUCGUGCCUACCGCGAGGCCCAGGAAGCCAAGGCCAAAGCUGCUGUGGCAGAGCUUGUCGAUGACCAGAUGGAUGUCGACGAGCACCCGUCGCCCACAUCCUCCAAUUCACGCAAGGUUGAAGUUGUUAUCCCCCUUCCUCCAGGCCGCCGUGCUGGCAAAGAGAUGCCGCUGGCAGACUCUGACUCCGACGACGAGGAAGAACAACCCAAACGGUCUCGCCGUGCCGCCGCCAAGAAGGUUGCCACGAUCGUUAUCUCAGAUGACGAGGAAGACGAUGAGCCCGUAGCCAAGAAAGCUGCCGCUCGCGGCAAGGCCAAACCGCCUGCCAAAGCCAAAACUAAAGCGAAACGAGGUCAGUCAACGGACGAUGACGAAGAUUAUUCUGCUGUGGAUGAUGAAGAUGACUACGAUGAUGACGAGGACGACGAGUUCACCGACACGCCUGUAACGUCUGUGCCCGAGUCGUCAGAUUUCGAUGAGGAGGACGAGGAUGAGGCACCCAAGAAACGCACCGCAGCCAAGAAGCAGCCAGCCAAGGCCAAAGCUCAGGCUGAGAAACGACCCUUGAAGCGGCGAAAAUCUAGGACGACCGAUAACGACUCGGAGGACUCGGAGACCAGCGGCCGGCCAGCUAAAAAGCAGAAACAACGAGUGAUCUCUGAUCCAUGGAAGCUCGACACGGCGAAAACGCGGAAAGACUGGACGCAGAUGCUCGCGCCUCCGCUGGAGAUGUUCCAUUUUGCGCGCAAGGUCGUCGACGAGUACACGUACCUGGACGGCAAGGUGCACACACUCGUCACCCAUCUCACUGCGGAGCGACACUGGGUGUUAUCGGGCACGCCUCCCGUGCACGAUUUCGCCGCCCUCAAGACGAUCUCGGCCUUCCUGGGGCUUCAUCUCGGCAUCGACGACGACGGCGAGGGCCAAUCGACCGAAGUCAAGAAGCGGAAGCGGGAGCAGACGGAUGCGGAGAAGUUCCACUCUUUCCGGGAGGUGCACUCGCUCGAGUGGCAUGCCAAUCGACAUGAGCUGGGACAGCGCUUCCUCGAUCGCUUCGUGCGCCAGAACGUGCCCGAGAUCGACGAGAUCCCGUUCGAGGACAAGGUGGUCGAGAUCGUGCUGCCCGCUGCCGAACGCGCGAUCUACCUGGAGCUCGAGCACCACCUGCGGGCGCUGGACAUGACGAUCAAGCGCGGGAAGAAGAGCGACAGCGAUCGCGAGAAGCGGCUGAACAAGUCGCUGGGCGACAGCAAGUCUGCGGAGGAGGCCCUACUGAAGCGCUGCUCCCAUUUCGACCUCGACACGAAAAACGAGAAUGCCAUGAAAGCCUGUGAUGUCAUCGUCGAGGAGCGCGAGGAGCAGCUGCAGGAAUGCAAGGACGAGUUGCUGCAGGCGGUCAAGGCAGGUGUCAAAAAGGAGAAGGAGCUCGGCACUCUCCCCGAGGAGUCUAUUUUCUCGAUCUGGGUCCGGUCGAUGACAGACACAGGCGUCGAUGACGUCGAUGCGACCACCCACAUCCGCGAAAUCCUUGAACAAGCCGACGUGGCCUCGAUGAAGAAACACCGGAAAUCCGGCCCGGACAAGCUCACCGGCAAAGUCAAGGACGAGAUCUGGAAGCACCGCGAAGCGACGCACGAGAUCCGGCGUCUCUGCAAAGAGCUCGUUGGGCGCGUUCGCUCGCUGCGCUUCUUCUCCGCUGUCCGAGAUCUCCAGAAAGAGCGCGACAGUGACGAGGAGCCACUCGACGUCACUUGCGGGCAUAUGGGAUGCUCGAGCUGCGUGAGAGACUGCGCAGACAAAGAGGAGUGUGUCUACCGCAAGUCGGGCUCAUGCAUGGCCGCGGCGAGACUGCUGAACGUCGUCAAGGCUGACACGCUCGGGGUAGACGACGAAGCGAGAGAUGGCAGGGGGAAGCACUACGGGAAGAAGCUCGAAGAGGCCAUGGAUAUGAUCAAAAACAAGAUCCCGAAGGACGAACGCGUCCUCCUCUUCGUGCAGUUCCAGGACCUGACGAAGAAAGUCGCCGAAGCAUUGACGGACAACGGCAUCAAGUUCCUCGAGAUCCGCGGAUCUGCCUCCGUCAAGAGCAAGAACCUCGAACGGUUCCAGGAGAACGGGGCUAAGAACAAGACCGACGUCGAGCGCGUUCUGUUGCUCAAUUUGAUGGACGAGAGUGCCUCGGGCGCGAACUUGACCUCGGCGAACCAUGCCAUCUUCCUAUCUCCGUUAUUGGCCCCGUCACAAGAGGUGUACGACGCCUGCAUGACCCAGGCGGUGGGACGGCUCGUGCGAUACGGCCAGACCAAGCAUGUCAAAAUCUGGAGAUUCCGAUCGGUUGAGACGAUGGACGAGACGAUCUAUGAGCAGAGGGAGAACGGCAAAAUGUCUUUGGGGAUAUGAAUGUAUAUGUGUAUCGCGCUGAAUAAUGCAACAUUCAAUCUUUC